AUGUGGAGAGCGAUCGCCCGUGAUGAAGUCCGGCGUGUUGAAGUCUUUGACUAUCUACGACUAGAUAGUGCAUUAUUAGCCUACCUGAUUUCUUCGAGGUCCGGCUGGUACUGCGUGGCUAGCGACGGACGAUACAACUUCAUGAUCAAGGACUACCUAUACAUGCUUGCGUGGACCUUCGAUCCUACCACGCUGGAAACGCGUGCUAUGCUCGCCGCGCGGAGUGAUUAUAAGAAGCGGUCUAGUCUGAAAAAUAAAGAUGGGGAUUUCCACUUGCCAGGGCUUCGGGCCGCGCAUUUAUACCAUCCCCUCUCUCUUGCCUGUCUAUGCCUCACGGAUUUCGUAUUCUAUUUCGACAAGCUUAUUGUUGAUGAGGGGUAUACGAUCGGUUACAUCGAGGAGGACACAGGACAUGGAUUAUGGGUGAAGGAGAAUACACAGACGCAAGACUUCAACUUGGAAAAGCUUAUGGCUGCCUCGAGGAAUAUUGCAAAGAUAAUUGGCUUAUUUGCUAAUCUUUUUAAGAGCGUGGAAGUCACGCACACCCUCAUAGAGUCUCUACAAGACGAGAAAACAUGGAAAGAAUGGUAUGGUAGAGAUGAUGAAGAGUCGUUGAAGAACUUUGAGUAUUGCGUAACAUCUUUCAACUCGGCUGUUGGGUUGCUGAAGUUACGUAUAAAAACUAUCAAACAAUCUGGUCGUGUCUUCGAUGAGAGAGCCAAGGCGCAGUCUAACGUGAUAGCUACCCUCAUCCGUCGACAAGAUGCUAUAACAAGCCACCAACUAGGAGAAGCCAGUAAGAAGCUCGCGGAGGCUACUAAGAAGGAUAGCUCUGACAUGAAAGUGAUCGCCAUCAUGACUAUGGCAUUUCUUCCUGCAACAUUCUUUGCUGCACUCUUCGAUCUCCCCACGCUUGCCUGGGACCAACCUCAAGUAAUUACGAACAACUUCUGGGUCUAUUGGGCCUUCACGUUACCCACAACGCUACUUAUCUUCGCCCUGUGGUAUGUGCUAAAUGAACGAAAAUUCUUCGUGUGGUCGAAGAGUAGGGACAAGGAUACUGAUGUAGAGAUGGAACCAUACAGCAAUCUGCCUAAGGGCUUCUUCGAAAGCCCUGCUCCACAGAUCGAUCGUAGUAGGCGUGGUUUAUCUGGGUCACAACACAUCUUUUCAGGCUUUUAA